AUGACUUCCGUCGAUAAGGAACUUGAAGAAGAGCUUUUAGAAGCGGGUGAAAAGCUUCUAGAUCCUCCUUCUUCCGUCGACGAUUUAAUAACUGUUUUAAUCCAAAUUGAAAAAUGCCUUUCAAAGGUUGAGCAGUCACCUUCUGAAUCUAUGCAUAAUGCACUCUCUCCAGCAUUGAAAGCAUUGAUUGCUGAUGAUCUUAUAAAGCAUUCAGAUGAUGAUGUCAAAGUUGCACUUGCCUCCUGCUUCAGCGAGAUAACAAGAAUCACCGCACCUGACGCUCCUUAUGAUGAUGAUCAAAUGAAGGAGGUCUUUAGAUUAAUUGUAUCUUCAUUUGAAAAUCUGCAUGAUAAAUCAAGCCGAUGGCACUCGAAGAGGACUUUAAUCCUUGAAACUGUUGCAAAGGUCAGGUCAUGUGUGGUAAUGCUGGACCUUGAAUGUGAUGCACUCAUUUUGGAGAUGUUUCAGCAUUUCUUGAAGACAAUAAGGGCAUAUCUUCCUGAUAAUGUUUUCUCGUCCAUGGAAACCAUAAUGAUCCUCUGUCUUGAGGAAAGUGAAGAUAUAUCUCUUGAUCUACUCUCUCCAAUCUUAGAGAGUGUGAAGAAAGACAAUGAGGAAGUUUUGCCAAUUGCUCGAAAGUUGGGGGAAAGAGUUCUUGAAAGUUGUGCAGCAAGACUCAAACCCUAUUUAGUGCAAGCUGUGAAUACCUUGAGUAUUUCUUUGGAUGAUUACAGUGGUGUUCUUGCCUUAAUAUGCAAUGAUUCAUCUGAUAACUCAAUGCAAAAUGAUGUUCAUGAUUGCAAAUCAGCUGAAGAGCCUGUGGAGGAAUCGGCACAGGUGGAUAGCGAGAUUACAAAAGAAGCCACACCACCACAACAAGAUAAUGAUGCUGAUGGGGACAGGUCUCCUAAGUCUGUCAUGAGCAAUGGCAUUGCACAGGCUGGAGAAGAUGAUACUUUAGUAGAAUCAAAGCCUCUUAAGAAGCAGGAUGGUACUGACUCUCCCGGUCUGUCCAAAGGUAAUAAUUUGUCAGUUAAUGAGGAACGCAAUGAUUUGGACACUGAAAUAAUCGACAGUAAAGAACACAAGCUGGAGCGCAGUAUCAAGAGGAAAGGAAAGAAAACCAGCUCUUCAAAACCCGCCAAGCCUGCUAAGAGAUCAAAUGUGGUUAGUGAGAAGGAAGCUGAGAAAACAUUUGACUCUAAAAGUCCCAGCAAAGAAGUUCCUAGUUCUCUUAACGAUGACAGUGUUGUUGAGGCUACAGGAACGUCAGAGAAUGACAAAGAGAUUAAAACUACAAUUUCAUCUCCGAAAGUAGGUGACAUCGAAUCUGAUGCUAUUAUUUCUCAUUCACCAAGUGAGAGCAAUCAUGAUGAGAAUCGUUCUAAGAAACGUGUACGAACAAAAAAGAAAGGUAGCUCUGUGAUAGACGUGACUGCAGGACAUAUUUCGAAAAAGGUGUCUGAAGGAACAUGUGAUUCUGAAGUAAAAUCAGCAAGACCAUCAGCAAAGAAGGGACUCGGUCGUAGCUCUGAUGUGAAAGCAUCUACUGUUGUUGAUGCAGUUAAAAAGGGUAGUGGAAAAUCAGAAGAAAAAACCAAGGGCGAUGGUGGGUCAUCUUCGCGGAAGCCAGAGGACAAGAAAAAGGGUAGUGGAAAAACAGAAGAAAGAACCAAGGUUGAUGGUGGGUCAUCUUCGCGGAAGUCGGAGGAUAAGAAAAAGAAGGGACAGGUGAAAGGCAGUUCUGAAAAGGGUUUAGCAAAACCUUCCUCUAAAGAUGAAGAUAAGGUAAUGGUAUCUUCACUUAAGUCAGCUACAAAAACAACCAAAGAUGAACAUUCAGAGGAUACUCCCAAGACAAAUUUGAAAAGGAAGCGCACUCCAGGAAAAGAAAAAGUGCUUGAUAUCAAGAAAAAUGAUGAAAAACUUAUUGGAAAGCGGGUUAAAGUUUGGUGGCCAGAUGAUGAUAUGUUUUAUGAAGGUGUUGUUGAUUCUUUUGAUUCUUCCAUUAAGAAGCACAAGGUCUUAUAUGAUGAUGGUGAUGAGGAAAUAUUGAAUCUCGAAGAGGAGAAAUGGGAGAUUGUUGAAGCUGAUGCUGAUCCAGAUGUGCAGGAAGAAGGAAGUCAUCAAGCAAAUCCUGAUCCUUCGAUUGAUAUGCCCCUUAAAAAGAAAGGGAAAACAAAUGCUGGUGAAUCAAAAAAGGAAGGAAAGAAGGACUCUUCUUCUAAAAGUGGAAGAGCAUCAUCAAGUAAAUCAAAGACGCCAUCCAUCAAGUCUACCCAAAAAUCCAAGACUGUUGGCAAGUCUGACGGCGAAGUUACUAAAAAAUCUAAGGAUUCUGCACAAAAAACUGGUGGUAAAUUUGAGGAUCGAUCUGUGAAAAGUGGUGGUCAAUCUGAUGAACGUUCUGUGAAAAGUGGAGGUAAGUCUAUUGAUUCUACACAAAAGAACAAUUCCAAGAAGACAGAUGGUUCCAAGAUAAAGAAAUACAAAGAUGAUGAUGUUGACACACCAAAGCCUUCUGGUUCCAAGAUAAAGAAAUCCAAAGAUGAUGAUGUUGACACACUAAAGCCUUCCACUAAUUCUAAGCAAGAAACUGUGAAAACUGGAAAAUCCAAGCAAGGAACAAAUAAGACUGUAGAAGAUGAUGAUGAUGACACCCCAAUGCCUUCUGCCAAUUCUAAGCAAAUAACAGUGAAAACUGGAAAAUCUAAGCACGGAACAUCUAAGAUUGCAUCUUCCUCCAAGCCAAAACACACCAAAAGUACUGGCAAGGUGAAUUUUGAUUUGAUGCUGACAGAAGAUUCAGAAAAUGAGAACUCUGAAGACUCAACGAAAGAGGUUGAAGAUAUGAAGGUCAAGACACCUAGUUCAUUGAAAGCUGGAAGUGUGGUCAAGAGCGGAAAGAAACGAGCAAGAAACUAG